CAGAUGUAUGCGGAACCUUUCUGCACAGGUUAUGUUGUACUAGGGACGGUUACCAGUGCAGAACUCGUUCUGAGGACCCCGUCUGCCUCUGUUAUGCCUGUUUUGAAUGUAUAGCUGUCCGUGUCGCUGCCAGUCUGGAAGCUGUGUCCGACAGCCCUCCCGCUCCCCUCCGUGACUGGCCGUAACGGUGCCCGGCGCAGGAGACGUCGGCCCCGGUACCGGGGCACGGGUGAAGUUAGUCCUGUUAAGGAUAAAUCCGGAGCCAUGAACCUUGAGUUGCUCGAAUCCUUUGGCCAGAACUACCCAGAGGAAGCAGAUGGCACAUUGGAUUGCAUUAGCAUGGCCCUCACCUGCACAUUUAAUAGGUGGGGGACUCUGCUUGCUGUAGGUUGCAAUGAUGGCCGCAUUGUCAUCUGGGAUUUCUUAACGCGAGGCAUUGCAAAGAUUUUAAGUGCACAUAUUCAUCCUGUGUGCUCACUUUGCUGGAGUAGAGAUGGACAUAAACUUGUGAGCGCUUCUACAGAUAAUAUUGUGUCUUUGUGGGAUGUACUGUCAGGGGACUGCGACCAGCGAUUUCGAUUCCCAUCUCCUAUUUUAAAAGUUCAGUUCCACCCCCGUGAUCAAGACAAAGUUCUAGUGUGUCCCAUGAAAUCUGCUCCUGUCAUGCUAACACUAUCGGACUCCAGCCAUGUAGUCCUACCUGUGGAUGAUGAUUCGGACCUUAAUGUUGUAGCAUCAUUUGAUCGAAGAGGAGAAUACAUCUAUACGGGAAAUGCAAAGGGAAAAAUCUUAGUGUUGAAGACAAACACUCAGGAUCUGGUUGCAUCCUUCCGAGUUACAACAGGGACAAGUAAUACAACUGCUAUCAAAUCCAUAGAAUUUGCACGGAAGGGCAGCUGUUUCUUGAUAAAUACAGCAGAUAGAAUCAUUCGAGUGUACGAUGGACGAGAGAUACUUACUUGUGGCCGAGAUGGGGAGCCAGAACCCAUGCAGAAACUUCAGGAUCUGGUGAACAGAACUCCAUGGAAAAAGUGUUGCUUUUCUGGAGAUGGCGAGUAUAUUGUGGCAGGAUCUGCACGGCAACAUGCACUCUACAUUUGGGAGAAGAGCAUAGGAAACCUAGUUAAAAUUUUGCACGGAACACGUGGUGAACUAUUACUAGAUGUUGCUUGGCAUCCUGUUCGACCAAUCAUUGCAUCCAUCUCCAGUGGCGUUGUUUCCAUAUGGGCACAAAACCAAGUGGAAAACUGGAGUGCUUUCGCCCCAGACUUCAAGGAACUUGAUGAAAAUGUUGAGUAUGAGGAGAGGGAGUCUGAGUUUGAUAUAGAGGAUGAAGAUAAGAGUGAGCCUGAGCAAACAGGAGGGGAUGCUGCAGAGGAUGAAGAGGUCGAUGUGACCAGUGUUGACCGUAUUGCUGCCUUCUGUAGCAGAACUCUGCUUCCUUGCAGUGAUGAGGAAUUGGAGGAUACCAAGGCACUGCUGUAUCUUCCCAUUGCUCCUGAGGUAGAGGACCCUGAGGAAAAUCCUUAUGGACCACCCCCAGAGACCGCACCAAUGUCCGUGAGUGAGGAUGGGGCAGGAACUGACAAGAAGCGACAGGCCACGUCAGAUGGAGUGCAACCCCCAAAGAAGAAGCCAAAGACCACAAUGGUUGAGCUGCAAGGAGUGCCCAGUGAUGAAGUUCACCCACUGCUGGGAGUGAAGGGGGACAGUAAAUCCAAGAAGAAGCAAUCAGGACGGCCAAAAGGAGCUAAAGGUAAAGAGAGAGACUCUCCAUUUAAACCGAAAACCUUCAAGGGUGACAGGGGCAUGCCUCUGGAUGCAGCAAUGAAAGGCAGAGCUCAGAGUGAGCUGCCACAAGUGCUGACAGGUGUGGGUGCAAUCUCUGAGCUCCUGUGAGCAGUCUUCUAUCUUGGCCAUUCUCUCAUUUGCCGUCAUGGAGUUUCCAAUGGACAUUUUUUGAUAGGAUUCAUUCCAGAGACAACGUUCAGGACAUUCUUCUGGAAACAUCGUCUUUAUGCUGUUUUAUUUUGGGCUUUUUGUUUUGUUUUUUUGUACUUAACCUGCUUUAUUUGUUAAUAGCAUACAUACUUAUAACAGUUGCAGCAUUUUUUGCAUUUUUCGUUAUAAACAGAACUUUUCCAGUAUUCUUACAUUGUUCCUCGAUUUUGUUGCCAGAAGGAAAAUAUUAUUUCUGUUUUUAUACAAAUGUGAUUUUUCCUGUUACAUUAAUGUUCUUGUUAUGGAUAUCCAUUUGCCCCUUUGUAGACAUUUCCUGCUUGUCAUGCAAUUAUAGUAUCAACACCACCUCAGAAUGGACAUCCUUCUUGAACGAUCAAGAGGAGAACAGCACUGUGUGACAACAGAGAACAAAUGCGAAAUCCAGACUUCUCUAAUACUCAGAAAAAUAAGAGGUUAUGAAAUGUCUGGUUUUUUUUUUAAAAAAACAUUAUUUUAAUUUUUAUUUUACUUUGCUGUAUAGAUUAAUGUUUGAUCCCAUGGAUAUAUGUUCUAAACUAGCAGCUGGGGAAAUAAAACGUCCUUUUUUUGUUUAUA